AUGGCUCCAAGCACUCUCCGGCGCGCCAUUGGCGCCGUCAAAGACCAAACCAGCAUCAGCAUCGCCAAAGUCAGCAACAGCACCACCAUCUCCGACCUCGACGUCGCCAUCGUCAAAGCCACCCGUCACGACGAAUACCCCGCCGAAGAACGCCACAUCCGUGAAAUCCUCAGCCUCACCUGCUACUCCCGCGCCUACGUCCACUCCUGCGUUUCCACCCUCUCCCGCCGUCUCAGCAAGACUCGCAGCUGGACCGUCGCCCUCAAAUCCCUCAUCCUCAUUCACCGUCUACUCUCCGACGGUGAUCCUGCUUAUGAGCAAGAGAUCUUCUUCGCCACUCGCCGCGGCACUCGCAUGCUCAACAUGUCUGACUUCCGUGACACCUCUCGCUCCGCCGCCGCCUGGGACUUCUCGGCUUUUGUUCGGACUUAUGCCCGUUACUUGGAUGAGAGGCUUGAGUUCCGUAUGCAUGGCCGUCGCCAAAGACGAAGCAGCCGUGCUAGUUUGAAUCUUAAUGAUGAUGAUGAUAAUGACACUGCCGCCGCUGCUGCUGCUGCCACCACCACCACUUCCCGGGUUACCCCCGUUCGAGAGAUGAAAACAUCUCAAAUAUUCAUCAAAAUCCAACACCUUCAGCAACUCCUCGAACGCUUUCUCGCUUGCCGUCCUACAGGUGCGGCGAGAUUUAACAGGGUGGUGUGUGUAGCAUUGCAGCCAUUGCUGAAAGAGAGCCAGCAAAUUUAUUAUGAUUUGAAUGAGAUCAUGAGUAUCUUCAUUGACAGAUUCAUGGAGAUGGAAAUCCCUGAGUGUGUCCGUGUACAUAGCAUCUUCACUCGGUUGUCGAAACAACUCGAAGAGCUUGAUGCCUUUUAUAACUCAUGCAAGUCCUCCGGCAUCUCCCGCCCCUCUGAUUUUCCUCAAAUCGAAAGAAUCACCUCCAAGAAACUUGAAGUCAUGGAUGAGUUCAUAAAAGAGAGAUCAAACCCUGUUAAACUCAACCCCGAACCCGAACAAUCACCGGAGGAGGAGGAGGAGGAAGAGAAGGAGGAAGAAGGGGACCAAAAUCACUACUCCAACUCAAUCAAAGCUCUCCCUCCUCCAACCUCCAACGAAGCUGUUAUCAAGAAUGAAGAAUUUGAGGAUACAGAAGAAAAGAAAAACAAAAAUGAAAUAAAAUUAGCUCAAGAAGAAGAAGGUGAUUUAUUGAAUUUAUCAGACGAGCUGAGUACCGCCAACAAACAACAUGAUCAUGACAUGCUAGCACUAGCAUUGUUCGAUGAUGGCACAACGACAACCACAACUGAUGCACCGGCAUGGGAAGCUUUCAAAGACGAGCCGGCGGACUGGGAGACGGCGUUGGUGCAAUCAGCAAGUGUUUUAUCAGGCCAAAGGUCUGAGCUUGGCGGUGGUUUUGAUACAUUGGUGUUGAAUGGAAUGUAUGUGCAUGCUGAUCAGCAAGUUAAGUAUGUGAGUUCAGGAGCAGGACAAGGAAGUGCAAGUAGUGUUGCAUUGCCAUUAAUGUCAUCUAAUUUGCUUGCAUUGCCGGCUCCGGCGGGAGGAGGAGGGGCCGGAGAGGUGGUGGAUCCGUUUGCGGCGUCGUUGGAGGUUCCGGCGCCGGCGUACGUGCAGAUGUCGGAGAUGGAGAAGAAGCAAAGGCUGUUGAUGGAGGAACAGAGGAUGUGGCAACAGUAUGCAAAUGAUGGCAUGCAAGGCCAUCUUGGGAUGGUGAAAUUACAGCAGUACCCCUCAGUUUCAGUAUAUGGGUGGUAG